AAUUGUAUUGUUGUUUCAGCACACAUUAACGGGCCACAGUGGGAAAGUGAUGGCCGCCAAGUUCCUCGGAGAGCACACUAAAGUCAUCACCGGCAGUCACGACCGGACCCUAAAAGUGUGGGACCUGCGGAGUAAAACGUGUACAGAAACAAAAUUCGCUGGAUCGUCUUGCAACGACCUGGUGACGUCAGACGGCGCGGGGUCUACCAUCAUAUCAGGGCACUUCGACAAGACGAUACGAUUCUGGGACAUUCGGACAGAGAACUCUGCCAACCACAUCCUGCUCCAAGGCAGAGUGACGUCACUGGAUCUCAGUAGAGACAGUAACUAUUUGCUGGCAUGCGGGCGGGACGACACAAUACAACUAAUAGACCUGCGGAUGAACACGAUAGUACGCUCUUUCAGUCACGAGUCAUUCAAAGUGGGGUGCGACUGGUCGAGGGCGGCGUUCGGGCCGGCUGGGCGGCUACUCGCCGUGGGCGGGGCAGAUGGCUCGGUUUACGUUUGGAACACGCACACUGGCCGGUUAGAAGCAAUACUCAAGGAACACUCGACACCCGUGACGGCGGUGUCAUGGCAUCCACAGUCGGGUCUGCUGGCGUCUGUUGACAGGAGCAACCGUGCAGUCAUAUGGGGGGACUUGUGACAGGCAUGGGACUCCCUGCCGCCUCCCGCUGAACCUAAGGUUUCAAGAUGCGAGGAGGCGCUCGAAGACGGGGACUCCGGGGAGGUGAUUCACUUCCUCAGAGGCAUCACCACCGAUAUAUUCCAUCGGUUCACUGACUAACCUCAAGUCUCUAAAGUCUUCUCUUUAUUCCCUAAUAACUUUAGCUAGUUUUAUUUCAAUUGAGUAAAAGUCAUCACAAUGUCCUUUACUUUUUCACAACUAUUUGUAAGACUUCUUUGAACAUUUUUUACGUCUUGUUGACAUACAUAUAAAUACUGUGCUACUCGUACCGUGUAGAGUGUCAAACAUUUUAAAUAAUAGUCAUUAAAAGACGCCUUGGGUUCCGUUACGCAAAAUAACUUUUUGUAAAUGUAUUCUUAGCUAAAGUACCUGCCCAUCCUUGUUAAAUCGCCGCGGAUUUAUUGUUUGAUGUUGAGUAGUUUGUUACAAAGAAAAUAAAUGUGAAGUGCUAAAUUAUUUACUUUUAACGUCAAAUUGACGUGCUCAAAUAUUUUAGAGUGGGUGGGCAAUGAAAAGUUAUUUUGCGCCUACAUCUUCGGUUUAGAUGUGACACUUCAUAACUAAAAAAAUAGGUAAAACGAGAUUUCGAUGCAGAAAGUUUCAAAUCAUAUUUUCGGUGUUUACUUACUCGUCCUUAUCUGCAUUAUAAUUUUAUUUUGAUUGAAAAAAAUCAGAGUACUUCUUAAGCUACAAUUCUCUUACCUUUUAAACUGUGUCAAAGUUUCUGUCUUUCCUGAAAAAUAUAGUUUGCAAGGUGUCACAUAAAGACCGAAGAUAUAUUUGAAUAAAUCUUUUAUUGAUUGUAGUUAGGAAUUUUGUAUUUUUGCAAGGGUGCUUUUACGUCACAAAGUGUAUUUAAUUUUAUAAUGGCGCUCUAUCACACAGCGUUUCGACACUCAAUUAAUCAUUUUGGCAUUAAUAUGUAUUGGAAACUUAAUACUGACACUACGCUGGUUUAGGCGAGUGUUGAACUGUUGAUGUAUAAGCCAAACGGGACGGCCUUUUGUCUUCUGACUUAUGUACAUAUUAUUAUAGUUUGAUUUCAUUCCUGAUCUUAGCUUCGGAUGUAUCUGCGGUCAUUGUUCUGAGCAUUGUGAGUUAUUAGUUACUAGUAUUGUAUACAGUAUGGUCAUUUGUAUAGUCGGAAAUGUUAUAGGCAGCUAUAAUGUCUUCAAUAAGAUUUCUCAUGAGAUGGGACUGCGUGUUGACUCUAUCUGUAAUGAGUUUUCUUUUAUAAGUUGUACCUACGUCAUAGAAUAGUUGUCAAUGGUUACGUGCUAAUGCACGAGCUUUACAUUAUUUUUAGAUGAUAUAGCAAUACCACCACGAACCUUAUUUUUUCAAUGUUAAUGUGAAAGUUAACAUUUGACAUAAAGAAUUUUACAUAGUAAGAAUAAAACUUAGAUAUCUAAAAUACAAUUUACAAGCGAAAUACCGCCCCAAUGUGAAAUGCUUGCGCACAAUCGUUGCUACUCGUAUCGUAUAUUGAAGUCAUAGUUUAACAGUUCUAUUUUUGUAAAGAAUGUCAUUUGCUUGUCGCUCUACGUUACAAAUAAAUACGGAAAUGAGAAUUUGCGAGUGAUUUACUGCUGGGCAUGUUUGUAUUAUCGAGUUGACAUCAUAUUUGUUUUACUUAACAGAUCUCGGGCCACCUGCGCUUCCCGAAGUCUCUCAUUAGCAAACAAUGAUCGGGCGUCGCCGGCGCAGCGAUAGUUGUAGGGCCAGGCUGCGCCGCUCGAUGCGCGUAAAUAUGGCGGAUUCGAACCAAAAAGGAAACUGGGUCCGAAACUAAAAUAGCCGCUGCCGUAUCAGGCGAGUUCACUCUUAAUAUUCGGCGAUAAUGUAUUCUGAAUACUUGCGAGUAUGAUGACAUAAUUUUUCGAGUUUUCCUAUCGAUCACUAUGAAUGGUCUUAAAGAAAUGAAUUGAAAAUUCUUGGACUUUUAAAAUACGAAACUAAGUUGCCAAAAGACAUGUUUUUGAACUAUUUUUGGUGCUAAGAAGAAUGUAUCGUUUAGGGAUUAGGUACGUAGUGUAGUUCGGACAGAGCUGGCUCCGGAGCUAUAUCGCGAUCAAUAAACUGCUGGGACCGAUAAGAGCGGGUGGCGCGCGCCGCGGGCGACACAUCUAUAAUCUGUGACGUGUGUUUUGACAGCAGCGCUGCGCCACUUUUUCAACGUCAUUUUUUACCAAGCCCCGCACCCGACAGUUCGACGACCCCGCACUAAAGUUUUAUUUUCACAUGUAAUUACGCGUAUAGCCGACCGCUUAAUUACCGAAAACGGCCGCGACGCCGGCACCUGGAAUUCGAUUGAAAAAACGUCAAAUCUGGCGCCGCUCUUAAAUUAUGCUUCGUUAGCCUUCACCUUCCUUAUACGGCUGCGUUUAAGACUAGUUUAAGACCGUGAACCGGCGUUGCUUGGGCGCCUCGUCUCUCUACAUAUUUUUGCUUCUUGCCAAAAAAACUUGUCAUACUCUUCGAGGAUAUUAUUAAGUACUUGUGAUUACCAAUGUCUCUACGUUAAAUUGAUUGAUAUCUUCGUAACGGUGGCGCAAAUGUAUCGAUAGCCAUUAAAACUAGUCACUUUUAAUUCUGUUAGUGUUACAUUCGCCUUAUUUUUCACACUUUUCGCUUGGAUUGAAUAUUUUAUUCGCAUUUAGCGGUGUUGGGUGCUAUGUGCUAAUGCUUGUUGGGGAAUUAAAAAUGUAAAUGAAGUUUAACUGUGAAGAAAGAAUAUUGCUUUUAAAGCCAUGGAAUUGGAGCCGUUUAUGUUUAGCACCGUUGCUUGGAUGUUGUUUGGGAUUUACGAUUGGACGUCCUUGUUAAAGGUGGUUCAGUUAGUGUUAAAUUUAUAGGUUUUAGAAUACAAUUUGUCCGUUUAUGGUAAUUAGUUGGCGCUUUGUAGUUCAAACGCACCCAAUAUUGUUAUAAUUUAUGUUGUGCGAGACCGCAGUCCAGACUAUGAUUGCCGUUUGUGUGGGGCACUCUGGUAGUUUUUCGCGGCUCGUAAAUAAAUCACUUUCAUUUAGAGUGAUUUAUUAAACUCGUUCAUUAACUAUUAAUGCUAGUUAUUGUUUUCAAACUUUUCACACGUUUAUAAGAAUUGUGCCAAUUAUCUUAUUAGGUAAGUUUUUGAUUUUUGAACAAAAUAAAAAUUCAAAAGUGUGUAAGGUUUGGACUAUACCGCAUUAGUAACGAACAAAGUUAAUAAAAUUGCAAAAGCUCUCAGUGGAGUGUUUCCCGAAAUUUUCCGAAUCAACUCCUUUAACUGCUUUCUAAUAUACUAUCUAUCUACACCUACAUCACAAACUUAUAUCUGUUAUACUAAAAAGCUAAAACUUUCAGUGUGCCCUAUGCGUUAUACGUAGAGUCGUAUUAUUUAUAGAACUAUGUAUAAUACCAACCGAUAUGUUUUUUAAAAUUCUAUACCUACUUAUAUUAAUUUUGGUAAAAUGUUGACAAAUUAGACAGACAACAAAGCUUAUUGUAUAAAAACAUGUGCCUUUAGUUAGUUAUAAGAGUGUAAAAGUACUUAUGCAUAAUUGUCCUAAUUAUGAAGGAACAUAAUAAACACGUUCCGUGUUUUUUGAUUCCAACAUUCGUAGGUGUCGAUUGUUUUAUACUCUUACUAUUUGUUCUCGAAAGUCAUUUUUGAUGAAUAAUUUUAAGUAAUAGUUAAUGUUGUAAGUACAUAGCUUUACAAAGACUGUUGUCGUUAUAUUUUUAACAACCUUACACGUCGAAGCGGACCGCUAGGUUCAUGUUUAAUAAUGAGUUUUUUCUCAGUUAAAUGCGAAAAUUCCAACUCAUAAAGUUUAUGACGAAUUAUCGUAUGUAAAUAUAUGUGGAAGCAUAAUAUUUGUGAACGCUUCGUCUAGACAUUCGGCUAGAAAAUUGCUAUGUUGUACUGACUUUCAGAUGCCUAUACUUUAAAUAUUUUUAUAUGAAAUGUAUUAUAUUGUAUAGAGCACGUUCGCGUACGGUGAACCAAUCGGUCAGCAUUGCGUAAAUUAAGAUUGUAACUAUGUUCAUCACUUUUAUUCUACGACUGUAUAUUCAAUAUGGAAAUAAAAUAUGUGUUAUUAUUGCUAA